AAAUCUGCCCCCUACGCCGUGGUUUCGCCUCUUACCGGAAGAGCUUGUGUUUACAGCGCAAUUGUUGCUUCACGCUAGCAUCAUUAGUUUGACAAGCUGUGAAUAGGGGUUAUCUUGUGGUUUUCGGUUUUUGUAAAACCCUGUUUGUUAGAAUUGUGGCAUAGCUCGAUUAACAUGAUUGUUUGUAGGUGGAAGAGCGACCGACAAUGACCAGCUGGCUAACGUAACGCCGCGGUCAGGCAGCUAACAACACUAAGCUAGCUAACUUCUCACACAUCAAGGUACAUAGAGCACAGUGAAACAGUUCUCCAGGUCAAGGAGCAAUCCGGGCCAUGGGUGCGGAGAGUAGCGCCGUGCGAAGCUGCACCCUGGAGGAGCCGCUCCUCACUCUGCCGUCGGGGCUUACUAUGUAUUCGGCGAUGCUCCAGGGUGGAAAGUCCGCUUCUGUGUUUGUCCACAAGCGGGGCAAUGAAGACAAAGUCAACAAAGCUGCUAAGCACCUGAAGACCUUGAGGCACCCGUGUCUGUUGCGUUUUUUGUCCUGCUCAGUGCAGGAUGGCGGCAUCCACCUGGUGACGGAGCCUGUGCAGCCCCUGGAGCUGCUGCUGGACAGUCUCUCUCCAGAGGAAAUCUGUGCAGGCAUCUAUGACCUCCUGCAGGCACUUGUCUUUCUGCAUGAGAGGGGCAAAUCAAGCCACAACAAUGUCUGUAUUUCAUCUGUAUUUGUCAGUGAAGAUGGUCAUUGGAAACUGGGAGGAAUGGAAACCGUGUGCAAGUUCUCUGAAGCAACUCCCGAGUUUCUCACAAGCAUUCAGAAUGUGAGAGAAAUCAGCUGUGUUCCUCCAGAAGAGCAGAUUGAGGGGUUUCAAAUGCUUCCAGAUAAACAUGCUCACUCUCGGGAUUGUUAUUCUUUUGGAAUGAUGGUGGAGACCCUUAUUCCUCUCCUUAAUGGCUAUGUGUCACAGGAGUUGUCCGACAGUUUGACGAAGACCCUGCAGAUGGGCCCGCUGAACUCUGACCCCUUGUCUCGACCUCCGCUCAGCUCCCUGCUCAUUCAUGACUUUUUCAGAAAUGACUUUCUGGAAGUGAUGAAUUUUUUGAAGAGCCUAACCCUGAAGAUGGAAGAAGAAAAGAAUGAAUUCUUCAAGUUUCUUCUAGACCGGGUCCAGAGUCUCCCUGAAGAGCUGAUAGCGGCACGCCUUGUCCCCAAACUCCUUAACUCGCUUGUUUUCGCAGAACCAAUGGCUGUAAAAAGCUUCCUGCCUCAUCUUUUAAGGCCAAAGAAUGAUUCUAGUGGUGGUGGCAGCAGUGAGGAAUGCCUGCUGUCUGUGUCCCUUUACCGUAAACAUGUGAUUCCUCAGCUUCUCAAGCUCUUCAAGGUCAAUGAGGAACAUGUUCGGAUCGUGCUGCUGGCUCACAUCCACAUCUACGCUGAGUUCUUCUCCCACGAUGAACUCAAAAACCAGAUCCUGCCUCAGGUUUUGUUAGGAAUGCGAGACACCAGUGACUCUCUGGUUGCCAUGACGCUGCAGAGUCUGGCAGUGUUGGUGCCCUUGCUUGGGGCUCAAGUGGUGGUCGGAGGAGAGCGAACCAAGGUUUUUAAACGCACCACACCCAGCUUCACCAAAUCUACAGAAGUCACCCCUGAAACUUCACCAGUCCAUAUAGUUGGAGUCUCUCAGCCUCAGCUGGCUCAGCCCUCUAAAGUCUUGAAUUUAUUUGCCAGAUCAUCAGAAACUAAAGGUCUGGUCCUGAAUAAUAUGAAUAGCUUAGCAAGUAAUCGAGAAACUCCACGAAGUUAUCCCCUGGUAACAAAACCAGACAUAAGUAGACAGUUGUCUCUACCUUUGAAUGGUCUUCAUCAGGACAGUGAGAUUGAGCCAGCAUCAUACAGCCCAGAGCAGCCAGAUAGACUAGAGGGCCCAGUGGAUGACUGGCCUGACUGGAACAACCCUGAAGAAAGUGAAAACAGAGCUAGACAGUCAGUCCAGAUUCAUAUUCAGGCCUCAGAGAGACUGGACUCAGUCAACAGCAGACUGCCACUCUCACAGCACAAAAUGAUGGAUGAGCCAUGGGAUGACCUUGAGGACACUGAACCUACCUCAGAUCUCUCCCCUACAGCUCCUUUAUCAGACCCAGUUAUACUCACACCACCCCGAGGGGGCACUGCUACUCCACAUGUAAAACAUGCUCCUGAGGCAAUGAGACUGGGAUCCUCCAGACCCCUCAGAUUGACCUCAACACUGCAGCAAUCCACACAGAGCAAGACCAUGUCCUCAUGGGACAAUGGAUGGGCUCAAGAGCAGAGGGACUUUGAGAACUCACACAGUUCAUUAAACCUCAAACUCAAACCUACGGUGCCACAAAAGACUGGUGGAAUAGGAGGUCUGGGGGAGGAGUUCACCAUUAAAGUGAAGAAAAAGGUAGAGCAAGACCCAGAGCUAGAUUUAUUUGCUGACAUGGUGCCAGACAUCAAGUUGUCCUCUUCAGCUCUGCUGCCACUGGAAGAGAGCAGUAUAAGUGACACUGGACUGUCUACAGCGUCAUUGGAAACCACUAAAUCACUGCAGGUUGACCCAUCCAUCGAUACUGUAACACUCACUGCCAAGUUUGCAGCUGCCAACCCGAUGGAGAUGGAAACAGAUGGCUGGGGAGAUGGAGACGACCUCAACUGGGAGGAUGAAAAUGCCUGGUGAUGGCGUCUGAUCCAUUAGCAAAAGUGAUAAACACUUCACCAGAGGCUGUACAUUUCUCCAGUUCUCAUUUAACAUGAUGCAGUAAGAAGAGAGGUGGGUUAAGACUUCUGAUACCCCAUUCUCUCAGUCCCCAGACAUUUAUUGCCAGUAUGUUCUUUAAGAUGACUUAUUUGUGAAAGGAUUGAAUGAUUAUCAGAUGGUGCUAGAUCUGGAUCUAAAUGAAGCCAUUCUUAAAAUGUUUGCCAAGUGAUACUAGUUGCCUCAAGAUGAAUGAGGAGCUCAAUCAGAGGUAAAAUGUCAUCCUUUUCCAUCUGC